CGAAGUUCCUGGUGGAGGGCGAGCCGGGGAUGGGCAAGACGCUGCUGGCCCUCAAGAUGGCGAUCGACUGGGCCAACGAGAAGAGCCUCCAGCAGAUCAAGUUCGUCUUCCUCAUCUUCCUGAGAGACUUCAAGGGCAGCCUCGAGCAGUACAUCAAGGAGGAGCUCUUGCCUUCGGGGUUCGAUGAGAAAUUCAAGAAGGUGUGGGAGUACUGCAAGAACAACGAGGAGCAGGUUCUGUUCAUCCUGGACGGCUACGACGAGCUCAACAAGAACGACGAGGGCGAGAUCCAGAACCUGCUUCGGUACCGCGACUUCCAGAAGAGCAAGGUGGUCGUGACUUCGCGGCCGGACGUCCUCAAGACCAUCUUCCAGCGGACGAUCGUCAAGGGCUUCAGCGAGGAGCAGAUGAUGGAGUUCAUCGGCAAGUACUUCCGGCUCUCGAACGAGGAGGAGUGCGGCCGGAUGCUGAAGCAGAUCAUCGAACGCGAUUACAAGUACCGGAAGCUGGCCAAGAGGCCCCUGUUCUGCGUGCUGCUCUGCAUGCUCUACGACUCCGAGAGGAGCGUCGCCAAGCUGCCCGAGAAGCUGUCCGACAUGAUGUUCAAGAUCAUGCUGUGCCUCAUCAAGUGGAACAACAACAAGGUGGGCGGCACCGACGGGAGCGCGGGCUCGGCCGACGGGAACAUCGAGGCGUUCCCGCCGGAAUACCAAGAGAAGUUCCUUAGUUUUGGCAAACUGUGCAUGGAGGCGCUCAAGACGGAUAAGACGCGCUUCAGUGAGAAGCAAAUAGAAAACUAUUCUCUCUUGGUGCCUUUAGGAUUUUUGUCGAGUGACAGUGAGAACCAUGUGUACGGACGCAAAAAGUUCUACAAACCCGUUCAUAAGAUAUUCCUCGAAUAUCUCGCCGGCCUGUACAUGGCCGACACCAUCGAGCGGGACCGACGCGAGCACAAGGAUUUCACGACCAUCUACCGUCACGAGCACGUCCUCAAGUUCAUGGUUGGGGUCCUCGGGAAGCGAGCCCACCUGGCGCUGGAGGGCAAGCGGCAGCAGGAUUUCCGACACAUGAAGGACCAGGAGAUCCUGAUGCUCCUCCGCGAGGCCGGGACGACGCCAGACAACUGCCGCGCGGUCGCCAGGCUGCUCGACCGCGACUACCACCGCGUCUACACCAGCGAGGUCGACUUCGAAGGCUGGAGUUCCAUUCUGGACCAGAAGUUCCACAUGCUCAAGAACCUGGAGCUGGUGUGGCGCAUCAAGAGCAACAACCCGGACCAGGAGAGCUCCUUCAACGAGGCGAGCCCGGAGCUCUACCGGCAGUUCUUCAGCGCCCUCAGGAGGAACAAGAGCAUCUCCAUGAUCAGGGUCCGGGCCACGCAGGACGGCGAGCCCUUCUCCGAGACCAAGAUCAAACUCUUCUUCUCACACUUCAAGGAAGCGCUCGAGAAGGAGAACCUGAAAGAACUCGAGAUAAAAGAACUGAAUAUGAAUGUUCUCAAUGGGAAGGUCUCGUCUAGUCUCGUGCAAGCAGUCGCGGAGGCAACCUGCAACUCGGGGAGGAAAGCCCUCGAAGCCCUGGAGGUGCUGCGGCUGGACAUGUUCCUCGACGACGACGCCCUCCACAACCUGUGCGACCGCCUGAGGAACGACUCGCCCAAACUCAAGGAACUGCAGCUGACCGGCCUCGUCCACGGGCGCCAGGGCUUCAAGUCUCUCGUGGAGCUGCUGAAGAAAAAUAAAAAUCUCCAUAAGUUGCAUUUGUCCAUGAACAGAGCUCAAUUGCAACACGACACGAGCGUCUUCAUGAGCAGAGAUUACACGCCGACGCACAUGAAGAUGGACUUAAUCCGGAUGUCAACUUAUGCGAACAGAAAGAGCCAAGACGCCUUUAACCAAACUGUCCAAGAAAGUCAAGAGGGAUGUACUCUUCCGGACCCAACCAAAGAACUGUGUUACCUCUUCAACGAUCCUCUCAAGACAGGCGUCAAGUUCGUUCACGGAGCCAAGGGUUUCUGUUUCGUCAGGGACCAAGAUGUCAGGCUUCCCCUCCCGCUGUGCAUGGGACGAGGUCAUCAGUCGAUAUUCCAUGACCUUUUCUCGGCCCUUCCGGAAACCAACGUGCAGAAGUUGACCCUGGCUGACCCCUGUCUCUACCUCACAAAAGCUGACCUCGUGUGUCUCGGAGACGCCAUCAGGAAGACGAAACACUUGAACAGCCUCAAUCUGCAAGGGUUAUACAAGGUUGAGUGCUACAUGCCCGUCCUGCUCGGCCUGGGUCAGUCCCCCUCGCUGACCACGGUGAAGCUCGACUCCCGGCACGUGGUCCUGUCCGACACGGCGUUCUUCCUGGCCUGCACGGCGCUCAGGAACAACACGACGCUGAAGACGCUCUCCCUGGCGCGCUGGGCUUUCAAUAUACAGGACAAGGCCCUGGCUGCACGGUACUUCACGGACCUGCUCAGCUCGUGGAAAGUCCAGGACCUGAACCUCGACCACUGUUCCAUCGACAUCGGCCAGUCCCUUCAGCCCGCGUUCCUCCCCCCGCCCAUUCUCAUUCCCGUGAUGGGUCCUGUGCAGAGCUGGUCCAGUAUCAACAUGUUGAGACUCGCUAACGUCAAGCUGAUGGAGCCUCUGGGCUUUCUUCGCAGUGGACACCUCCUGCUGCCUGUUCUGAGGAGCUGCCCGAAUUUAACUCAUCUUGACUUGUCAGUGUCUCAGGCUAACGCCACUUCCCUCGACGAUAAGACCACAUGCAAGUUCUUCCAGCUCUUAGGAACCUAUUUCAAAAAGCUGCAAGAGCUGUCUCUCGGAAGCUGGGAGUUCAAGUUCGAACACUACGAGGAGACGUGCAAAGCUGUCGGUCAGCACGUGCGUUCGUGCACCGAGUUAAAGAAACUAAAUCUUGACGAGGCCAGCGAAGUGAGGUCAGGCUUGUCCCCCUUGCCCUGCCGAAUGACCUUCCUUCACAACCUGGUGCACCACCUGCCUCGCCUCUCCGAACUCUCGCUCUGCAAGUACCGCAUCGACGAGAUGGAGCUCGAUCGCGACACGGCACAGCGCCUCGGCACCUGCUUCCACGACCACUGGAACACGACGACCAAGUUCGAGCUCAAGUUCUUCGGCUUGUAUCCCGAAGUGCAGGCGGUGCUGGAGAAGUCGCUGCGAAAGGUGAACUACUCGGUGGAAAUCAGUCAGGGUUCUCCGCUCAUCACUUUCACGGUCAAAAAGAAAGGUUUCUUCUCCCCUUGAAAGUUCCGGGCUGUAGUUUCCUACCGUUCCCAUUAGGAGUGCUCGGUUCCCGGACGUGACGAGUCGCCGGCGAGGGAAGGAUGCACUGCUACUGAGCAGGGUAGGAUACUGCCGCCCUUAAAAAUAAACCUUUGGGGGGACUGCACGGGGAGGCAGGAUGGAGGCGGAGCUCUUGCCGUUGGUGAAGAGGAAUGGCGGAUGAGAACAGGUUGUGGCAAACGCUUAUGCGCCUUUGAAUUAUUUUCCCAUUGUGUUUCCAAAUUCUCUCUCUCUCUCUCUCUCUCUCUCUCUCUUCUCUCUCUCUCUUCUCUCUCUCUCUCUCUCUCUC